ACCAUUACUCUGCAGUCCUCUUUUCUUAACAGGCGGAGGAAAUCGUCACGACAAGCGUUGAGCUCAGCUCUCCUCCACCAUGGCUACUCUGUCCCCGACCUCAAUGAUCCGCCCCUUCAAGCACCCGCCACCGAACGGACCCCCCCGAGCUCCGGCCAGGAUCCGGUGCUCGAUCGCGGAAGGGACCACCAUCUCGCCUUCGAGGACUGACGGGGCUGGGACGGUGGACUGUGUGGUGGUUGGAGGCGGAAUCAGCGGCCUCUGCAUCGCCCAGGCUCUUGCCACCAAGCACCGUGAUACCGUCCCCAAUGUGAUCGUCACCGAGGCGAGGGAACGCGUCGGUGGCAACAUCACCACCGUUGAGAGGGACGGGUAUCUAUGGGAAGAGGGGCCGAAUAGUUUUCAGCCGUCGGAUCCUAUCCUCACAAUGGCGGUGGACAGUGGUUUAAAGGAUGACCUAGUUCUUGGAGACCCUGAAGCGCCUCGUUUUGUCUUGUGGAAUGGGAAGUUGAGGCCAGUGCCUGCUCAGCCGACUGAUCUUCCUUUCUUCGAUCUUAUGAGCAUUGGAGGCAAACUCAGGGCUGGUUUUGGAGCACUCGGCAUUCGGCCCCCUCCACCAGGUCAUGAGGAAUCAGUUGAGGAGUUUGUGAGGCGCAACCUUGGUGACGAGGUCUUCGAACGCUUGAUUGAGCCAUUUUGUUCAGGUGUCUAUGCGGGCGAUCCUUCUAAAUUGAGUAUGAAAGCUGCCUUUGGAAGAGUAUGGAAACUAGAGCAAAUUGGGGGUAGUAUUGUUGGUGGCACUAUCAAAACAAUCCAAGAGAGGAAUAAAGCCCCCAAGCAACCUCGAGACCCGCGAUUGCCCAAACCAAAGGGUCAAACAGUUGGAUCCUUCAGGAAGGGGCUCACCAUGUUGCCAGAGGCAAUAUCCAAGAGGUUGGGCAGUAACGUAAAGCUGUCUUGGAAGCUUACAAGUAUCAGUAAAUUAGAUAAUCAAGGGUAUAGGUUGACUUAUGAAACACCAGGAGGACUGGUUUCUGUGCAGACAAAGAGUGUUGUGAUGACCAUUCCAUCUUAUGUUGCGAGCACUCUUUUCCGUCCCUUAUCUGAUGCUGCUGCAGAUGCCUUGUCAAAAUUUUAUUACCCACCAGUUGCUGCAGUGACUGUUUCAUAUCCAAAGGAAGCAAUCAGAGCGGAGUGCUUGAUAGAUGGUGAACUGAAGGGAUUUGGUCAGCUGCAUCCUCGCAGCCAAGGCGUGGAAACUCUAGGAACUAUCUAUAGCUCAUCGCUUUUCCCAAACCGUGCACCACCUGGACGGGUCUUGCUUCUGAAUUACAUUGGAGGUGCCACCAACCCUGGGAUUAAAUCCAAGACCCACAGUGAACUAGUGGAAGCAGUGGACAGGGACUUGAGGAAGAUGCUUAUAAAUCCCAGUGCGAAGGAUCCACUUAUGUUGGGCGUCAGAAUUUGGCCCCAGGCUAUCCCGCAAUUCUUGGUUGGUCAUUUCGAUAUUGUAGAUGCUGCAAAAUCAGCUCUGAGAGACAUUGGGUUCCAGGGAAUGUUCCUCGGGGGCAAUUAUGUGUCAGGUGUUGCGCUAGGCCGGUGCGUGGAGGGCGCUUACGAGGUUGCAGCCGAGGUUUCAGAUUUCUUGUCACAGUAUGCUUACAGGUAGUCUUUCAGUUGUGUGCAGCUUCCGAGAUCAAACGAGUAAAUUGAAGUUCUGCAAGGCUACAGUUUCUUAUGGUUGCUGCCAUCCUUCUCAAGUUUUGUUUUUCCCGAUUAUAUAUGUUACACUUAGUGAGCGAGUGAGAUUUGAUUGACCGGCUCUAUCUUUGUUCGAAUUUCUCCUCGCAUUUCUUCCUUGGAUGUAAAACUGAUAGAUUGAAGCAUGCGUGUUCUUUCAAAUAUAAGUAUCUGUCUUACCGGACUA